GCAACGACGUGAGGCGCGGUGAGCUCAGUCCGCAUUUACGGCGCGCUCUCCUAGGUAACCGCCCAGAGCACCGGCCACAGCUCCCCUCUCUCUUCUCUUCCGGACAACAACAAUGGCGGAUCCCGCAGACAUAACGGCUCCCUCCUCCCCCCCUCCGCAUCCCACCGGCGCGCCUCCCCCUCCUCCCACCCCCAUGGCCGGCACCGACGGCUCCCAGCGGCUGCUCUUCUCACACGACCUGGUGUCCGGUUAUUACCGGGGCCUGGCACGGUUCGGCCUGGUGCGGCUCAUCCACGGGGAGGACUCUGACUCUGAGGAUGACGAGGUGGUGGUGAAAGAAGAGGAGUCUAGCAGAGGGAGCAAGAAGGGAGGAGGAGGAGGGGGUGAGGGGGGCCAGGGGAGCCCCGGCUCGGAGGCUGCAGGGGAGGCCAGCAGGUUUGGGCCCCUGAAGAGGGGGUAUGUGCGGGUGCAGUGGUACCCAGAGGGCAUCAAGCAGGACGUGAGGGAGACAAAGGUAAUGGGAUGGGUGUCAUGAUGCUCAUGGUAAUAUUGGGCCAUCGGUGGGGUAUAGUCACUAAUAGGGAUUGUAAAUAAUUUUCAAUUGGACGUGUUGGGGUAAGAAAAAUGCUAAAUGUCACCCCCCUGUUUUCAACUGAAAUUGUUGUACACCCUGGUCAGUGACAAACCAUUCCAGGUUGAGAUUACACAAACCUCAUGUUCAUUUGUCUGGCUGAGCAUUGUGAGAAGCAGAUUUUUUCCAGAAAUUGCAGUGGAUAAGUUAAAUGCCAUCUGCAGGAUAUUAGUUGUUGAUUGUUGAGGGGGUUAUAGGGGUUUUAGAGGAAAGUAUUGAAAUUAGCUCUUUUUUUUUUCUUUUUUUUUAAUAACAUGCAUAAUGAUAGAAUUUACUUAGGGGGUUGUAAUAGGACUACUUUGGACUACAUUGUUAUAGGACUACUGCAUUGCCCAUGCACAAAGAACACAGGAAAAAAAUAUAUAUACUUCAGAACAGGGUGCAUUUUCUUAUAAGCCCCACCAUUGCAUUUAGUUCUAUGAAAUAGAACCUCAUGGUAAAGUGGAACUGUCUGGAAUGUAAUGGUCAAAUACCAAUAGCAGAAUUGGAUAAAUUAAAGGCCACCAUUUUACAGCCGUGAAAUACCGUAUGUUUUUUAUUUUUUUAUUUUAAACAUCUCCUUGAAUGAAUAGACAAAGACACCAUACUAGUUAAAAAUUCCAAAUUCUUGUAUAACUGUGUGAUAUGGUCUUCUUACAUAGUACUAUUUUGUUUUAAUCAAACAGUAAGUUUUUGAAAAUCAAAUUGUUUGCUGGCUAUAGUAACUUGGGUAAUGUGGUCCUUAACACCAGAAGCGUUAGCAUUGAGUCAUUACUGAUGUACUGUGACAAUUUAUGGCUGUCAAGCUCAACUUAAUAUAAAAGGAUAUCUCCACUGUGACAUCUAUCUCUGAGAUGGCAUUGUUCCACUCUCUUUAUCUGGUUAAAGUAAUAUUUCAGUGAAAGUAAUGAAUGCGACUAUGAAUCUGCCACAUCUUUUAAUGAUAAUGGCAACUUGUCAGAUGAGGUCUGUUUAGGCAGGUCUUGUUGAUUUGGUACAGAAUGACAGUAAUCAUGGCCUAGUGUCAGAAGAUUUUUUCACAGUUCUUCUCAUUCAUCUUCCCCAUCCAACUCUGGCACUGCCUGAGGCAUUCUGUCUCUUUCCAUCAUUAAAGCACAGGAUACAUAAUUGUUUUUGUUUUUUUUCCAUUUGUCCCAAAAACUCCAAAGAGGCCUUUGCAGCCACCAUCUCUCAUAUCCAAAUUGCCAUGAAUUCUAAACACAUAGUUAAUGCUUCCCGUACAGUCUAUUUGGCAUAUUACAAGAUGUAAGACACCAUCAGAUUUUUAUGUCUAGGAAAUCUUCAAAUUAAAUUAUUUAUAAAUUGAAAAAAAGCAUGAGUUUGUGAGCAAUGCAAAUUAGGCCUCAUAAGUCUUUAAAUAUUAAUAUAAAGACAUAUGCAAUAUAUGUUGCGUCUUGAAAAACUGGAACAAAUUACAUUUUCCGUGACACAAUUACAGGUCUGACAAAGCAGACUGUAAAGAUGGGUGUGAUUCUAAAGUGUCUGCAUUAUGUAGCAGAUCAGAUGUAGCUGGUUCAUCUAGGCCUUUAUGGUCAUGUUUGUUGAAAUAUUUAUUUAUUUGUUUAUUUUAUUUCUCUUUACUGAGAAUUUGCAACAUGAUAUGCGUCUUCAUAUUUGUACGCUUUAUGACCAUUUCGAAAGGCAUUAGAUCUGCUACGAGACAUUUUGCAUUAAGCCCAUAGUUAAUGGAAUUGUGCAGAUGGUUAAAAUAUAUUUAUAACUUUGUAUUUUUAGUUUUAUUUAAAAAUGUAUACCUUUUGGAAAUCUGAAAAUUACAUAAACCUGUUAUUACGUGUUAAGUUAAUGAUUGGCUGAAAUCACACGUGUGUUGUUGGGGAAGACAGGUUAUUUCCUUACUUGUGAUAAGAUAGUUAAUGGAAAGGGAGUGAGAAAAUUACAGCACAUUGCAGUCCAGAUAAAUCACAUGACUGUGCAGAAAUUACUGUUAAUACCCGGAAUCCCCCCUCCCCCCCUGUUUUCCCCACAUCAACCUUACUGAUAUUGUGUAUCACUGAUUGCCCAGGUUUUAGUCACAGUGCCUGCAAGAUUAUAUUGUAUCACUAUACUAAAUCUUUGAUAGCUAACCUUUGGCCUUGCAGCUGUCGUGGACCACGUUUCCCAUGAGGCUCAGCCAACGAUAUGGCUGGCUGCGCCUUAUAAGGCACAGUCCAUGACAGCUGUAGUGCCAAAGGUUACUCAAGAUUGAGCCAAAUACUCAAGGGGUUAGUGGACUAGAACACUUAGCGAUUUGUUCAUAUAACACCAGUUUGCAGAGAUUUCAGGAUCAAAUUACUAAAUACACUCUAAAAUAAACCGUAAUUAUAGCAGAGUCUCUCAUGUAUUUAUUUUUUCCAUAUCUGCUAUUAUUUAGACAUUUUUAGUCUUGAUUUAAUGUAUCUAAAAUUCUGUAGUUGGUGAAUAAACCCUUUAGAAACGUGGUGAUUGGUUAGAGAAUUGUAUAAUACUAGUAACAUAAAAAUGUACAAUAAUAAAGAAGUCUUCACCAGUGUUUAAAAACAUGUGAAAUAUUCUGCUUAUCUUGUGAGAUUUCAAUCUGUCUAUUAAUUAUCCAAGGUCUGUAUCUGUGAAGAUGCUGUAAUGCAGCUGUUAAAUAUUUUCAGCCUCUGCACAGCAUUGACUGAACAUUCACUCCUAUCUUCACGUGGUUAAUCAGCCCAUCAGAUUCUUUUCUCAUGAGAAUUAUAUGAAAUAUUGAUAAACCUAUUAAUAGUAUCAUUUUCAUCUGGGCUGUUUUAGAUCCGCAUUGCCUCAUCAUUCUCAGUAGCUAUUUAUCUUUUAAAUUUCUCUCCAAAUUUUACAAUUUUAUUACUGCAUAUUGUGCGUUUUUAGUCUCUGAUCUGAUAUUCCUGAUUUAUUUCAGGAAUCUGAAAUCACUGCUUGUAGGUGUAUCUGUUCUUUAUAUUGAUUUUAAUAAACCCACAUAAAAGGGUAUUCACUAAAGUUAUAAUUACCGGGAAAUCAAUGUGAAUUUAAAUAUUAGACCAUAUUAGCAGAGUUAGAAAAAUUCUCCUUGUCAAUUCUGUUUUGACUUUGGCUAGGGGCCUGGAAUCUGGUGCUUGUUUUUUAGCCUUCUUUUUAAUAAAUGAAAUUUUUGGGUAAUACAUCUAAUAAUGGAUAUGAAACAUUUUAUUUACUUUAAUAAGUAGCCAUAAUUAAAAAAAUAAAAAUAAAAAAAUCAAAGAAUAGUUUUUGUUACCUUUUAACACUAAUUACGCAACUUUCUCUUACAUUUUUGUUGUCUGAAAUUUUCAUAGAAAAACAGAUAUCCAUGUGAAAAUGUGCCCAAAUUCUGCUGCAUCAUGCAGAGAGGGCAUUGCUACAGGUCGGGCUUGAAGAGAAUGGGUUUUUCUCCACUGAUGCAGUUUGUCUGCAUUGUAUCCUAGGAGCAUUCUGGCAAGAAGCCUGUCUGUUCAGAACUGUACUACCACUUUCACACUACACCAGAGAAUUCCCUUCCAUAUCAAUUGCAGUCAGCAAUUCCAUAGAACUCUGGCCAAAACAGAAACAAAAUCGCCUUUUGUUUAAUUAUUGCAUUGUCCUUCUUGUUUUUCUAUUACUGCUGGUACCCUGUACCAUAUUGUAGGCUACUUUGAAUAGUAAGCAUGUGAUUGUUGUAGUUGAUGUCCGUUGGGAGGUUUUUGUGAAAACAGUGUUGGGAAGGACUUCCCGUGACUCUUUCCCAUUGGGGAUGUGGUUAACCCUUUCUGUCCGUGUGUUUACAUAGUACCUUGAAUUACAUUCUGCUAUUUAGAAAUCUCACCCUUUUAUUACAUUAUCUUCAGCAUCUCUAUAUGGAAAACAGACGUUACCAUGUUUCUUUACAAAGUUUAUGGAUAUUGUCACACAAGUAGUAUGUUUAUUAAACCUCUCGAUCCUUUCAAUGUAAUGUGUUUUUUUUAUUUAUUUUUUUUACAAUGACAUUUCAUCUGAUCAGCACAAAGUUACUUAAACCACCAUCUCCACUACAGUGUAUUGCAGUGAUUAUAGUGCUUGGAAGCUAUGGCUAUGCAAUGUCACAAUGAAGAAAAUCUCACUUCGUCAACCAUCCAUCUAGUUGUCUGUAUGAGAGAGCCUGACUGCUAGGGUAUAGGUUGAUUUCGGCCAAGCUGAAUCAACACAGACUCUUUGAUGUGAAUAAACAGUGCGUGCUAAUGCUAUACAAUUUGACAGAUGAUGAAUAAGUAAGAUUUCUUUAUGAAAUCUCACAUUUAGGCAGUGGACUGUGGGUGCUGAGUUAUUCUCCAUUUUUUUUUUUUUUUUUUUUUAAAACCAAAAGGGUUCAAGAAAGCCUUAGGCACUGCCCUUAUAUCUUCUUUAUCCCUAGCCAUGUUAAUGCAGUGUUGGUUUACUUGCUUGAAUAUGUUUGUGUUACCUAGUGUAUCAACAUUCCUGUCCCCACCCCCACUACAAUUUUCUUUAACAUUGUACAAAAACAAAUUUUUCAGAGUCUCUCUUAGAAUUAUAUCAAAGUGAUGUUUAAUUCAAAACGCGCAAAAGGUGCCAUUACUCUAUUCGGGGUAGGCUACCAUCAUAACUCCCGAUGUUGUGGACUACAUGUCCCACGAUGCUUUGCCAGAAUUAUGGUUGUAAGAGCAUUAUGGGAGCUGGUGUCCACAGGACUGGAGUGCCAAAGGUUGUCUAACUCUUGCUCUAGAUUUAUACAUGUGCUGUGUCCAUUUUCUGUUGGAUUUAACUUCCUUCUUUGGUGUGCCAGUACCAUCAUCCUAUAAUAUUGACUGUAUUGUUGUUUUUCAGUUAAAACUGGAAGACCGAUCACUAGUGCCCCGAGACGUUGUACGACGAAUGGGCACAAAGGUAUGUAUUGACUUCUGUUCACAAUCACCCUACUAAGACUGGACAUGUAGAGAGCAUGAACACUUCAAUGUUAUUCUAUAGAGUCAUGCUUUCAAGUUGGCAAAUAAAUGCCUCAAAGUAAUAUUAUCUACUGAAAUUUUCGUUCCUAAUUACUGAACCUCACUGUGCCAUUGUAUUAUUUUUCAGGACAGCCAGUGUGGCACAGUGAUUGAUGUGAACAUUGACUGUGUAGUUAAACUGGUUGGCAUCAACUGCUUCCUGCACCCAGUCAACAGCAAGGACCUGCAGCACAUCUGGGUGAGAUUCCAUCGCUUUUAAAGGGAUUCCUCACGCCCCAUUCCUACACAAGAAAUCUAGAGUUUCUGGUCUGUAGUUUAGAGCAUUACUCUGCAGGCACCAAAUGUUCUGUGUAGAAAUAGUAAUAUUACAGAUUAUGGGUGUUUAAAAGGCAUUGCAUUGUUUGAGACUGUAUCACUUUCUCUACUUUCCACCCUGUUGCCUUUGCAGUCAAGAUGAGCUAAGGAGCAUGAACAAUUAGGUGUUUAUAUAUUUUGGAUAAAUAUCUAGUAUGUAUGCAAGGCUACCAGUCCAGGAUAUAGGGAUUACCCAAUUGUGUCUAUGGGGGGGGGGAAAACGCCUUAUACACAACUGGGUAAUCCUGAACUAGCCUUAAGGACUGGUUUGAGAACCACUGCAUUCGACUUUGCCUUUGUCACCAGAAGUGGUAGAUUUAUUGUGGGAUGUUUAGGUGCUUGUAUAACUUGGUGUAACACUGAUUAUACCUUGUUCUGUAUGCCUACACACCUCCUCGGGCCACUUACUUUUUCAAUUCUGUUUCAGUGCUAUGACCUCUUUGUGUUUUAUUUUAUCAGCCCAUCAUGUAUGGAGACUACAUCGUUUAUGAUUGCUGGCUGGGAAAGGUUUAUGACCUUAAGAACCAGGUCAUUCUUAAGCUGUCUAAUGGAGCCAGGUAAAUCCUAUUAAUUUCAUAGUUUGGGUGUACACACAAGUUGUUGUUUUUUUGUUUUUGUUUUUGUUUUUUAAAUAUUUGGAAAUUCUCCAGAUUGUACUAGAUACCUUUUUGUAAACUUCAAACCUGUCUAGCCUGUUUCUAUUUAUAGGCAGUCCAUCUUCAAAUGUAUUAUUUUUGUUGCUGUGAAUUUUAAAGGCCAAAACUAAAUUUCUGCCAUUCAUUGGCUAACAGUAUUUUCUAAGUUGGAUUUGCUAGUUUUAGGGAAAUCCACACAGGCUUGUUGCUUUUUGUUUUAAUUUUUAAAGUAGUGUUUUUUGUUUUUUCUCUCGCUCACCCAGAUGUUCCAUGAGUACAGAAGAUGCAUCCAAGCUGUAUGAUGUCUGUCCUCAUGCCAGUGACUCGGUAACUGUUUUUUUUGUUUUGUUUUUUUUUCUUAUUGGAGAAUAGUUUCAACCUGAACACCUCUUAAGGUGGCAUUGCUGCUUCAAUAGUCAUCAAGGCUAUUUACUAAAGUGACGAUUGUCAGGAAUUCAAAGAAAAUUGCAAUUGUAAGCCCAAAGUAUCCAAACUGGAAGCAUAACGGAGUUAGAUAAUUUCUCUAUUUCGGAUAUGUUUUCCUUUUAUUUGAAAUUCCAUUUGGAUUCCUGUAUGAUCUAGCUUCUGCAAAAAACCCUGUAUGUAGUAAAUCAAUAGUUCUCCACCUCAAAUGUCAGUAGUAUGGAUGACCAACCAAAGUGUUACAAUUUGGCUUGCAGAACCAUGGGAUUGAUAGUUAAAUAGAUAAAGAGUUGCCACUUGCUACAGUUAUAUACUGCACUGACAAACAAAUCUAAUUAAUCUGCCUUGACCGUAUAAUUAGCUAACCUCUUAUAACACAGCUAAAAUGUAUUAUUCUAAAUCUGAUCAUAAAUCAUUGUUACAUGAUUGCACUCUCGACUUUUAUAUAUUUAUAUAUGUAUGUGUGUAUGUAUAUAUAUAUAUAUAUGUGUGUGUGUGUUUUUCAAGAUUUCACAUUUUAACUUUUAUGCUGUAUUGACUAGUGUAAUGCAUUUAGAAACAAAUCCUGUUUAAUGCGGCUCUUUUGUGGUUAUUUAUUUAUUUUUGUCUGUGAUAUCUGCAUUACGCAUUUUUCCAUUUUAUACAAUCAAUCAAGACUAGUACUUUACUAAAAUCAGGCUAUAUAUAUAUUGAAAACCUCUUUGACUAUACCAUUAAAUAUUCAACGUUUGUUUUUUUGUUUUUGUUUUUUAUUUCAGCCAUAGCCAGUCGGUCAGGUGUGGCUUUUAGCAAGGGAACGUGGCUCACUGCUACCACAACAAGGCACUUGUGUUUUUGUGUUUAGUAAAUUUAUUUUAGGGGACCUUUUAUAUAACAUCCACUAUAUCAAUCAAUUUCAUAUGAGCAACUUUGGAAAAAGGACUAGAGAACCGUUGAUAUCCACAGCAAGUCAUGGAUUUUAUUUGAAUAGAUUCCAACUUUUAAGUAUUUCAGGGAAGGAGGUUGAUGCUGAGGAGCACCUGUGCACAAGGGAUUCAAAAGUCAGCUAAAAUGGUUUAAUUCAAUAUUUACAGAAACUUUAUUUGUUAUUAUAAAAUAUAGUGAACAUAUGAUAAAUCCGGCUGUACUUUAUAUUUUUUUAACUUUUAACUCCCAACAUUGAGAAUACUAAAAUCAAGUAAUGUUUUUAUUUCCAUGUAUUUUUCAGUAUAAAAUCUUGUCCAUAAAGCCUCACUCAUGUAUAUUCUAGCUUUGACUACCAGCAUGUAGAGGAAUGAAUUACUCAGCCAGAAGCUACUGGUCACUGAUAUAAUUAAUGUAAAUUUGCUGAAAAUGUAAGCUCACUCCCUAGUUUCAAACAGUGCAGGAAGUUUCACUGGGUGAUAGCCUUCUUAAAGUCAGGAAGGGGAGAGGAGUGAAUGGACUGUACCAUUACUUUCUUAGUAUUACAUUAGCAGUCAAGAGAUUGAUUGUCGAUUGCUAUAGCAAUUUUAAGGACAUUUAUUUCAGAAAUGUUUGAUUUAACUGUAUAUAGUCAUUAUGUUCAAAACCAUCCAUUCUUUUUACAUUAUGUUGACAUUUUUAGUAAACUGCACUAGGGAUUGACCGAUAUUGAUUUAUUUAUUUUUUUAGAGCUGAUACCAGUAAUCUGUGAACUUUCAGGCCAAUAGCCGAUAACUUACCGAUAUUCUGUACAUUUACCAUUUUGAAAAAUAAACAAUUUCUAAAGGUAAAGGCACAAAAUAUACAUGCCACAUGUAGUGGAUGCAGUGUGUUUAGACAGGGGAGCUGUGUGUGUGUAUAUAAUGAAUGCAGAGUGUGUUUGUGUAGUCUGUAUAGUGAAUGCAGAAUGUUUGUGUGGUGUGCAUAAAGUGAGUGGUGUGUGUGUGUGUGUGUAUAGUGAAUGCAGUGUGUUUGUGUGUGUGUGUAUAGUGAAUGCAGUGUGUGUGUGUAUAUUGAAUAUAUGAAAAUAUAUAUAUAUUUAUUAUUUAUUUUUUUAAGUCAUCCCCCCGCUUCUUACGUGGCAUUCCCUGGUGGUCCUGUGGCAUGGACUGUGAAGUGGGGGCCCGCAGCAAGCUCUUGCUUACCUUCCCAGCAGCUCCCCUGUCUAAAUCUCACGUCCAGUGUGCCGUGUGGAGUGUUGCCAUGGUAACCCGUGGCAACGCUCUGACGGCCGCGGGACUCACGAGAUUUACACAGGGGAGCUGCUGGGAAGGUAAGUAAGAGCUUGCUGCGGGCACUCCAGGACCGCCGGGUUUGUAAUGGGCCCUGAUAUGUAAUAUCUGUAUCUCUGUAGGCCGAUAUUGCUGAAAAUGCAGAAUAACAGCCGAUAAUCUGUCGAUCCCUAAACUGCACUACUAGUAAUACCUCCAGGUUCCUUACAAAUACAUAUAGGCAAAGUGUUUGACAAUGUUAUUUAUAUAUUUUUGUCACAGCUACAAUAUGUGAGAAAAUUGUUUACAUUUCAGACACUGUGUGAAAUAUUGUAAGAUGGAAAAAACACUGUGUAUACUGUCUAAAACAUUUCAUUUCCCAAAGAUGAACGAAUAAGUGAAAAAUAAAAAUGUGUGUGAAUUUACAUAUUUACAUUUAUUUUAUUUUAUUUUUUAUUGUAUUUUUUUAAGUCUGGCUGCAAAGCAAUACAAAUGCAAAAUUACUGUUAUAUAUUUCAAUAUAUCCCUUGCUUCAAAUAAAUGUUAUGCUAAAAAAAAUUUCAAUCAAAAAAGUGAAGGGGUUAAACAUGUUAUAUGUUCUAUGCACUGUUUCUAUUGGCAGAGCCAUUGUAAGGUCAAACAUCAUUGUUCAGUCAGUUGAGAAUUGUUACAGCAUGCUCACCCUUCAUUGUCCUCUUAUAGGGCCUGUUCUUCGAUGAUUCUUAUGGCUUCUAUCCUGGGCAAGUUCUAAUCGGCCCAUCCAAAGUGUUUUCAAAUGUUCAGUGGCUCUCAGGGGUCAAGCCAGUUCUCAGUGCCAAGAGCAAAUUCCGUGUGGGCGUUGAAGAGGUAAUUAUACUUUUAAGCUUUUCAUCUAGAUUGGUAGCCAAAUGUAUAUUGCGAUCAAUUCAUUCAAUUAAUAUAAAUACAAUUCUGGCAAAAGAAAUGUGUAACCAGUGCUUUCAUAAGCUGACUUUAUCAUUGUUGAUGGUUGAGGUAGCAGUUUCAUUUAUUUAUUACUAUUAUUAUUACGUAUAAAGCACCAACAAGUUCUGUAGCGCUGUACAAUGGGUUGACUAACAGACCCGUAUUUGUAACCAGGAAAGUUUGACGAACAGGGAUUGAGGGCCCUGCUUUUACAUGCUAGAGGGAGUGGGGUAUAGUGAUACAAAAGGUAAGGGUAGCGUAGAAAAGUAGGUUGCUAGGAUAGUAUUCAUUGAAGGCUUUGUGUUUUGUUUUGAUGACCGUUUCAGGAGAGGGCAAUUACAUGACCAAUUAAAUAGAAGUUCAGUUAUUCUGAAACAGUCUUGGUUUUUUGUUUUUUUUGGUAUUUUUUUUUUUUCUCAUUUUGGUUGCUUUCUUUCCCAUCUCUUUUCCUCUCUCUUCAGGUGCAAGUAACAGAACUUAGAGUGACUUGGAUUACAAAAAGCUUUUGUCUUGGAGGUACAGAUUCUAUGGACCCACCAUCCUCCGUAAUAACUCAGGAGAAUGUAUCUAAGUGAGUUGCGCAACCCUUUCAUAGUUCUGUAGUUACAUAGCUGAAAAGAGACUUGCGUCCAUCUUGCUGUUGAUCCAAAAGAAGGCAAAAAACCCAGUCUGUAGCGCUUCCAAUUUUGCAACAAACUAGGAAAAUUUUCUUCUUGACCCCAAAAUAGCAGUCAGAUGUCUCCUUGGAUCAAGCAGCUAUUACCCCACUAAUUAUAUCCCUGUAUGUUAUGUUUUUGCAAGUAUUGAUCCAAUUGCUGUUUAACCAUCUGUAUGGACUCUGAUAAAACCACCUCCCCAGGCAGACAAUUCCAUAUCCUUAUUGCUCUUACAGAAACAAAAACCCUUUCUUUGCCUUAGAUGAAAUCUCCUUUCUUCCAGCUGUAAUGCGUGACCUCGUGUCCUAUGUAUAACCCUGUUUAUGAAUCGAUUUCCAGAUAAUGGUUUGUACUGGCCCCGAAUAUAUUUGUAUAAUGUUAUCAUAUCCCCUUUAAGGUGCCAUUUUUCCAGACUAAAGAGAUUUAAAUUUUUUAACCUUUCUUGGUAACUAAAAUGCUCCAUUCCUUUUAUCAAUUUUGUAGCUCGUCUCUGCUCUUUUUCUAGUGCCAUGAUAUCCUUCUUUAGAACAGGUGCCCAAAAUUGCACAGCAUAUUCAAGGUGUUGUCUUACCAGCGAUUUAUAAAGGCAAAUUAUAUUUUCAUUCCGAGAAUUUAUGCCUCUAUUUAUACAUGACAAAACCUUACUGGCCUUAGUAACUGCAGAUUGACAUUGCAUAUUGUUGCCUAAUUUAUUGUCUAUAACAAUUCUCAAAUACUUCUCUUGUGGUGUUAUCCCUAAUUCACUACCAUUUAGGGUGUAAGUUGCUUGUGCAUAACUUUGCAUUUCUCUACAUUCAUACAUUUCAUUACUUUAUAAAGUUUUGUGUCAUCUGCAAACACUAAAACAUGGCUUACAAUUCCUGUUGCAAGAUAAUUUCUAAACAUGUUAAAUAGAAGCAGUCCCAAAACAGAACCCUGAGGGACACCACUAACCACUUAUUCCAGCCUGAAAUUUUACCCUUAAUGACAAUUCAUUGUACUCUAGCCUUAAGCCAGUGUUCCACCUAAGAACAAGAAUAUUCAUCUGGACCAAAUUAUUUUAGUUUGAAGACUAACCUCUUGUGAGGAACCGUAUCAAAUGCCUUGGCAAAAUCCAAGUAGAUCACAUCCACUGCAACACCCUGAUCUACAGAAACAACAAAGCGAAAAUUCACAAACUGAAUAUAAUGCUGGCUGGAGAUAAAGAUAUAGGCACCAAAGCAUCCAGUGGUAUGGAACAAUGUAACCAGAGGGGAGACCACUAAAUAUCUGAAGUAACAGGAAGUGUCAACACAAAAAUAAACUAACUCCAAAUAAUAAUAAAUACCAAACUAGCCUUAUAAGGCUACUCCCAUGCCUAAGUAAGUGAGGAGAUAAAGUUACUAAACACAUAAUUCUGCAAUAUACAUAAAGGCUUUUAGUUCUGGCCCUUUAAUGCAUAGGGUGUUAGUAAAUCUCCACUUGCGUACCUAAGCACCAGAAAAAGUGAGAAAGGUCACUGUCAAAAGUGCUGCCAAUAACGUUUUCCUAUGGGGAGGUCUAAUUAGCCAUUGCCGCGCAUGCGCAUUAAGGCUCCGCCGCCGGCUGACAUUGGCGGGGGAGGAGAGUAGACGGAGCCUGACCCAGCGCCGAGGGACAUCGAAGGGGUUCUAACCCAUUCAGCAACUUGGGAUGGGGGGUUGGAGGCAGAGAGGGGCACUGCAGAGUCCAUUUAACUAAUAGACCCAACUCUGUUUCCAGUGUACCUACACUUUUUUUUUUUUUUUUUUUUUUAAGAAUUGAUGUACUUGAAAAAAAAUUUGGGGUUGGUUUUGCAUUCUUUAGCUAUAAAUUGCUAAUUUUCUAGUUUAGCCACUUUAAUUGCCUUUUUGCAAGCAUUAUUGGCUUAUUUUAAAUCUCGUUUUACUUCUCUACUAAGCCAAAUGUACCUUUCUAAUAGUUGUCUGAAUAGUUUCCAUUUAUCCUCAGUGGAUUUUUUUUAAUAAGGAGUUUAUGCCAGUCGAUAUGUUCUAGAGCUGCCCUAAUCUAAUAGAAAUUGGCUUUUUUUUUUUUUUUAUAAAAUCUUUUUUGCUUUCUUGAGUUUAUUUCAAAGAUUACCAUAUUGUGAUCGCUAUUUCCCAAAUUCUCCCCUACUGGAAUGUUGGUCAUAAUUUCGAUCAUAAUACUGUUAUUGAUGGCUGCAAAAUCACGUUUUUUAUUGUAUCGACAUUACUAUUACAAUUAUUUAUUUACCGGAAGAACAAUAAGGAUAUAGAAUUCUCUGGCUGAAGAAGUGGUUUUAUUAGAGUCCGUACAGAUGUUCAAACAGCAACUAGAUACAUACUUGCAAAAAACCUAGUAUUCAAUUAUUUAAAUUUUCAACUGUAAGGUAUUUGCUUUUUGAUCCAAGGAUAAAUCUGACUGCCAUUCUGGGGUCAAGAGGGAUUUUUUUUCAUAGUUUGUUGCAAAACUGGAAGUGCUGCAAACUGUUUUUAUUAUAUUUUUUGGUUUUUGUUUUUUUAUUUUUUUUUUGCCUUCAUUUGGAUCAACAGAAAACAAAUGUGAGGAAUGCUGAACUUGAUGGACACAUGUCUCUUUUCAGCUAUGUAACUAUGUAAGUACACCGAAAUAAACUAUAGUUAGUAUUUGUGUUAUUUGCAUUCAUGUGUUACUAACCUUAAAAAUGUCAUUGAAAUUCCAGUUCCAUUAUUGCCCUAAAAUUAUGUAAUGUUGUAAAUACCCAUUCUCAUUGGUUAAUUUGAUAUUAUGCAGACAAAAUAUAAUUCUGCUAUAAUCAAUGAAGUAUUUUUAUUUUUUUUAAUGAUUAUUUGUUUUUAAAUUUAUAUAUCCUGGUUUUCUAGGGUAGCAAUACAAAUGUAAAAAUUCAAAUGGAGGGGGAUCAAUUUUAAUCCACCUAAUAACAUUCAGUACAUUGCAACAUAUUUCAUUACUUUGAAAUGUUUAGAUCUAUAUGUCCAUAAUUACUGCAUACUUCCCAACAUUGCAAAAACACAGCCUGGGACGCACAAGUUGGGGUUCUAGACGGUGCUGAGAUGAGCUGCAAAACAUGUAUCUUGUGGGUUUGUUUUUUUUCCCCCCCGACCUAUUCCCAAUUUCAUAUGUAUUAUGGUUUCUGGGAACUUAAAAGAUUAGAGGAACCACUUUACGCCCCCUGAAUAAAACAUUGAAAAUCACCUAUCUUUGUGACAAAUAAUCAGGUAUGCUCCUGAUGGUUAUUUGUAAGGAGCUUGAUGAUGUUAUGAGCUAAAUGUUCAGCUUUCUAUAAAUGGCAAAAUAAAUUGUGUUUAAAAAAAAAAAAAGUCUGCAUUUUAAUAUGUAGUCAGUACAUUUAGCUCAUAUUUCUAAAAUAAUGGUGUUUAAAAGUUUUGUUGAAGUCUGCAUUAAUCUCUGUACCGCUAAUGAGUAAAUGAGAAGUGUUAUUUACCCCUCCACCUAUUCCCUGAUGUUGGAAUAGCAGUGUUUGAAGCUUGUUUGGUAUGACCAUACAGAACAUUGUCCUACUUGGGGAUGUGUCCAAUCAUCAGGCCAAUUACAUCAUAUUGGGCAGCAACAGAGGGUGGGUGUUACAGCACUGUAACAGCCAAAUGUCCUUUGAAAUGGCAGUGCUGUAGCAAGGGGCAGCAGGUAAGCACCCUGGGAGCUGUUAUCUGUUAAAGUAAACCUAUCGUAACAGGGUCACUUUAAAUAGGUUCAGUGGAACACAGUUUGACUUGUCUUGUUGGGAUAAAUUAAACUGAUAAACCACAGAAAAAUAAGACCAUUUUGAAGGUAAUGAAGUGUGUGUGUGUGUGUGUAUGUGUAUAUAUAUCAUUUUUUUUUUAUUUUAUUUUUUUUCUCUCCAGGGUUAAGAGACUGGGCUCAUUUGACCACACUCAAAGGCCAUUAGGAGAAAGGUGUCUGUAUAUCUUCCCAACCAAAGUGGAGCCAACAAAAAUUCUUUGUGAGAGCCUUGAGAAGAACUGUCUAUUGGGGGAAGUAAAUGUCUCCAGAAAGGUAAUGGCUAAGGCUUUCUCUUUUGCAAGCAUUGGUAAAGGGAUAUCCUGUAGUUCUGUCAUGCUACAAAUUAUUUUUUUAUAUAUAUAUUUUUUCCUGUGGGGGUAAUGACCAUAGCAUAUGCUAGUUGGCAUGGUUCUAAUGUAUCAGCCAUCCUCUAGUUGUUGGCAGUUAUAGAGCAACCUAAUUCAGUAGUAAGUUGCAGUCAAUAAUGGCAAUUAACUGACAAUAUAAAUGUUGACAUACCAUUCGUGUCAUGGGCUUAUAAUCUAGAAUAUAAAAUGUGUACAAAAUGAACAUUUUACAUUCUGUGAUGCAGUCACAAAUGUGUCAUUGUUAUAAUGUAACAGGUUUUCUAGCUAAUGAUUAUUGUAGUGCCCAUACCCAAUAGUCUACCAUUACAUUGUACCUAAACACUACACCUCAAACCUCAUGGAGUACCAAUAUCCACAUUUUGAUGAAAUUGUCGACUCCCUGGUUCUCCAAAUGGUAGUUCCCAGCUAUUGCAGAACUAAAAUUUCCAUGUUGCCCUUAUGGCUUUAACACUGCCAGAGCUUCAUGGUGGUAUUUCUAGUUCUCCAAAAACUGGGGAACUACCUUUUGUGCACCCUCUUCUUUAAUACCAAAAUUCUGAACUGUUGGUGAUUCUUUAUGACGAUACUACAACUAUUUUAUUAUUUAGACUGAAUUUUCUGAUUGCUAUUCAUAUAGUUGUGUCUUUAAGCAUAUGAAAGUGGUAUUUUAUUGUAUGUCUUAUUAUUUUUUUUAUUUUUUUAUGUUUUCGUUAUACACAACCUUUUACAAUUUUCUUUCCUAGCAGGUGGACAAGUUGAGAGAAAAGCAGAUUGUAAAGAUAAUCUCAUGCACUCAGGAGCCUUCCAGCCAAUCUGAGCUUCUGAAAAGAAACUCUGCAACACUUCCAGUGUUGCAGUUAUAUUUAAAAGGUGCAGAGGGAGGAGAAGCUUCCAGUGAGCAGGUUGAAGAAGUUCCAGAGUUGCCCAAUUCUAACGAGUGUUCUGGAAAAGAUCUACCCCUGGGUACCUUCCGAGAGGUAUUCCACGAUUUCCAGGUGCACUCUACGGAGUUGGACGUAGAUGAUGAUGCUAAUGGAGAUACUGAUGACACUAGCUCCGUGACUUCCUCAGCAAGCUCAACAACCUCGUCCCAAAGUGGCAGUGGUACAGGGCGCAAGAAAAGUAUUCCACUGUCUAUACGAAACCUUAAGAGGAAGCAUAAGAAGAAGAAAAAAAGCAAAGUCUACAGAGCAUUCAAACCAGGAGACAGGUUAGAAAUGUUGUUAGAAAAUGUAGUUAAGUUCUAAUUUGUGUGUAAAAUCGAUGUAAAACAUAGCGUCGUAAACUCAUGAGGUCUUUUUCAUGUGUAAAAUAUUCAGAUAUGUGUGAAUAGACUGCAUCAACAUUUUGGUUUACACAUUGUGAGUUCUUAAAAGGACCACUCUAACAUAAGAAAUUCAAAUUUAUUUCCAGCAGAGUUCCUUUAGAACUGUUUCAUGUAGGGCCCCUCUUGUAACCAUAAACCAAAAACGUGUUAUCCUUCACUACGGUUGCUUCCCGAUCUCUGGCUGAGAUCAUAACUGAUGAUCUGAUCCAAUCCAAUGUUUCUCCACAGAGAAGCAUUCGGGGACCUACUGCUUAUGUGCUACAGUGAGCACCCUUUUCAAAAUGCAUUGUAUUAGUGCAUCUGUUUUUUCAACACAUCAUGUGAGGACCCUGAGUGUCGAUCCUGCAAAUAUUGCUGGACUGUAAUAGGGAGUCUGGCUGCAUGAACAGGCUCUAUUUACAAAAAAAACUUAAAGGUUCACUAUAGUCACCAGAACAACUACAGCUUAUUGAAUUUGUUCUGGUGAGUAGAAUCAUUACCUUCAGGCUUUUUGCUGUAAACACUGUCUUUUCAGAGAAAAUGCAAUGUUUACAUUACAGCAUAGUGAUAACUUCACUGGUCACUCCUCGGAUAGCUGUUAGAGAUCCUUCCUGGGUCAUAGCUUCCUAAAAUGCAUCCAAACAUUCAGUAUCUCCACCCUCUGCAUGCAGACACUGAACUUUCCUCAUAGAGAUUCAUUGAUUCAAUUCAUCUCUAUGAGGAGAUGCUGAUUGGCCAGGGCUCUGUUUGAAUCAUGCUGGCUCUGCCCAUGAUCUGCCUCUUGGUCAGUCUCAGCCAAUCCUAUGGGGAAGCAUUGUGAUUGGAUCAGGCUACGACUUCUGAUGAUGUCAGUAGACAGCUUGUUUUGAGCAGAUAUGAUAGAUGAUAUAAUCUAAAUUGGCUUCACGGAUUGGUGUAAAUGUUAAGUCAAAAGGACCCUCCAAUACCAAACAAACAUAUCAUUCAUGCAUAGGUUGUUGUGAAAGUAGAUAAUCAGUGUUACUGCAAAACGAUGCCCAGAACUACAGUGACUUUGAAAGAAACAUACUGCAUCUACAAUUCCUCAUCCUUGCCCUUCAUUCAUAGCUUACUGUAAGGGAGCUGCGAGCAUGCAUAUUGAUGUGCAAACUACUUUGAAUGGAGCCAGCAGUAAGCUAAUAGCAGCCGUGGUACUGCUGCUUUCAGCUUAGACAAGAGUUUCAUUUCUCAUAUAAGAUGCUGAGAGCGAACGAUAUACCCAUUAAACUCUUCACAUUUUCCUAGCAUGUAUGUAUAUUUAUAGUUACAAAGGAUAGGAGGGGGAGCUAGGUCCUGAAGUAUAGCUUUGUUUAAUUUAUUAACUAUAGUAUACAAUUAUUAGGCCAGGAAUAUUUACUUGUGUUCAUUUUUAAGUAUUAAGCUGCUCAGGAGGAAAAUACGAAAGCUUUGUGAAAAUUCUUAUAAUUGACAUUGCAACUAACAAAUUUCUAAGUCACUGAAAUGUGAACAUGUGAGGUCUGCGAUUAGAGAUGAAUGAUAUUACAAGUCUUUCAAAGAAAUGAAUUGAGCAUUUUAAAGAGGAGGUCUGAGUUCACCUCCUAAAGGCACCCCACAGAUGCCAGCCGUUUGGGGAAUGGGGAGGAGGGGAAUUCGCAUGAGAUGGAGGAUUUGAUAAGCAGUCUUGGAAAGAACGCAGAAGCUGAGUUGUGUAGUAACUAGUAACAAAGACAGAAUUGUAGAGAUUUUGAGGAGCUUUGUUAUGUCGAGGUAAAAUGUUUAAAAUUAUUCGUCAUGAAAUCGAAAUCCAGCAAAAGGCUUUGUAAAAUGGAGCAGUAGGAAGCAAUUGUUGGUGAAGAAGUUUGUGUUGGAAGGUUUUGAUUUUUAAUUAUAAACACGUGUACCCCACUCUACAGGAAUGCUGUAACAUAUAGACGUUUAACAGGGUUUCUGUUGGUGUUUAGAAUCAUUAUCUCCCUGCUGUUUUUUGUUGUUUUUGUGUGUUGAGGGGGAAAAAAACUAAUUGAAAACUCUCCUUAAUUACAUAACAUUGUUCACUGAGCAGCCACUUCCUCCAUCACUGGUAUUUUUUUUUUUUAAAUACAAAAAGAGAAGUCCUGCGCUCACUCCCAUCACUCCUGGGCGGCAGCAACGACCACAGUACACAUCAGCUCCAAUACAUAUGCUAAAAACCAAAGAAAAAAUUACCUGCGCUUUCUCUCCUUAAUCCCUAUGUAUAUUUAAACAAAUGGAGGUCAUUAAGUUACUCCAAUGGCCAUUGGAGGGAAUGCCCAUCUGCCAACGUCAAGGCAGACCCCCAUUCACGGGUCCUACUCUGACCCUUCACUUUGCUUCCUUGAGCUUCUUGCAAAGACAUCUCUACUGAGACAGAGAGGGGUAUUUUUUAUAUACACCCAUGUAUACUUAUUAAGCCUUAAUAGGGAACACAUGGGAUGGGUGGCAGAAUUGUAACAAAGCUGUGUGAUACAAAAAGUGAAUACAAAUACAAAAAGAUAAGUCCUACGCUCACUCCCAUCACACCUCUCCCCCGCCUCUUUAUUAGAGUCUGACUGCGAGACAGAACACACAAUGACCCAGAGGCGUAAAACUAACGUACCCAUCUGCCAUCAGUCCAGCUCUCACUAACCGAGCGGCACAAGCCAUAACUGGACUGAAGGAAUAAACAAUGCAAAUGGUUCCUUAUAUUUCUUAAACUCUGUUUACAUCUGUUCUUAGUUUUUAGAGCUCCCGGCUACUCUAAUAGCAAACGCACUCGCGCACCCAAGCGGCUCGCGACUAUCUUUAAUGGGCGUUUACAUGCUGCACUCUCUCGGAUAGCCUGAGUUUGCUCGGUUAAAUAUGCCUAAAGUUCCUACUCUAUAUAUCCACAAAAACCCCUGUUCAUUGGCACACCAGCUCUGCUUGACAGGUAACUGUCUUAAUCUAUAUGUCAUUAUGUACCUUACAAGCUUAUAUCUCACAUGCCAAUGAGCUGAACAAAAUAAAGAAUUUAAAAAAACGAAAUUGGUACCCUUUCUAGCCAUCCUGUCCCCAGCACACCAGGCCUUCCACUGUUUAGGUGUACUACAUUACGGCUCUAGAGAAUGUACCCAAGUGCAAAAUCAACCCAGUACUCUAAAAAGCCCAAACCGUCCUUCGUACACCACAAUUUUAGCCAUGCAUUAAUCUCUAAUCUUUUGCUGCCUUCUACUGUAGCACGUCACAGGUAAUAUCUCUGAAAAUACUACCUUGGAGAUCCGUUUUAUUCCCAAUUCCCUUAACUCCCUCUUUAGGACAACUCAUUUUCCUCUGACUUUUUCAUCGGUACCAAUAUGGACCAUGACAGCUGGAUCAUCUACAACUUAUACAUGGUUAUAUGCUAAAGUGAAAAGUCAAAGUAAAUUUCAAAUUUAUUAUAGUAGCCAAACUAGGAAAAAAGUCAUGUAAUCUCUAUAAUCUGUUGUCCGGAAUUAAGCUGGUCAGACAAUUCAUUUAUGUAUCUACAUUUAGCAAUAGGUUUAAUAAUUAUGAUCCUGAAGAAAGUCUCUAUUUGGGACUGAAAUUUUGAUCCUGAUUUUAAUCACUUUGGAUUAAAAGUUAUUUUUUAUUAAAAUAUUGUGAGUGCAGCCGUCUACAUACAGAAAUUAGAUGUUGCAGCCCUAGUAGUGGACCCGGCCACUUUAUUCAUUUACAGCCUCAGGCCAAUGAGCUGGCGCUGCACAGUUAAUCACAAGAGAGCUAACAAACACCAUGCAGGAGCUUCCAUCUCCCAAUGCAGGCAGGGACCAUGUGCCAGCAAACAGUCAUAUCCUUAGGGCAUACCUUUUAGGUCUAUGGAAACACCAAGCAUAUUGCGUGCUGGAUGCAGUGAUAUGCAUAGGCCUAAAAUGCAUUCAUUACAAGCCUAAGGCCACAAUGUCUCUGGUCCUUCUCAUUGUGUUAUGACCCAAUUCUCCCUUAUUGAAACAAUGUACAUAUAGUUUUUUUUUUGUUUUUUUUUUGUGUUUUUUGACAUAUUCAUUCCUUAACAGGGUGGCUGUAGAAGUAAUUACUACCGUAACUACAGCGGACGUUAUGUGGCAGGAUGGCAGUUUGGAGACAAAUAUCCGGUCCAAUGACCUACUGCCUAUUCAACACUUGGAUAACAAUGAGUUUUGCCCUGGAGACUUUGUGGUUGAUAAAAGAGGUUAGUAGUCACUGGGAUAACCUAAGCUCUUGUUUUCUGGUUCAGUUGGCAAUGCAACAUUGUAAGUGACCAUACACGUUGGACAGCAAAUUACAUUUAUUUAUUGAACUGGGAAUUUUAUUUAUUUAUUUUUUUUCCCAAAAGAAUUGCCAAAUAUUGGCUAUAAAGUAAUCUGAAUUUAUACAUAUCUAUAUAUAUUUCUGUUCCUUUUUUUUGAGAGCUAGACACAAUUGGUCUUAUUUACCAUGUAUUUUCUUUCCCAUUUAUAGCACAUGCUUCUCAGGAUCCCAGUGUAUAUGGAGUGGUCCAGUCUGGAGAUCACACAGGACGUACUUGUGUCGUAAAAUGGGUCAAACAGAAUCCUGACGAGAAUGAUGUAGAGGUGGUUUGAUCCCUUUGUUCAGUCCUUUCUGUCUUUUUGUACCAUUCAGUUUAGUAUCUGCUGUCAUUUUAGCUUUGCAUGUUUCUAUUCCAAAUAUGCAGAAAAGGGCUGUAGAAAAAGGCUUUAAAGGAACACUAUAGGGUCAGGAACACAUACCUGUAUUCCUGACUCUAUAGUGUUAAAAACACCAUCUGGCCCCCCUUGCCCUCCCUAAAUAUAGUAAAAUUUUACUCUAUUCCAGUCUCCUGCUGCUGGCUCUGCCCUGAUCUGCCUGCUUGAGUGACAUCAUCAGAAAUGCGGAACAGUUUUUCUAUUCCAGCAUGACUGCCCCAGUGCAAAAAGCAAAGUCUAUAAAGAUAUAGUUGGAUGAGUUUGGUGUGGAAGAAUUUGACUGGCCCACACAGAUCCAUGACUUCUACCCCAUUAAACAUCUUUAGGAUGAAUUGGAAUGGAGACUGCUAGCCAAGUCUUCUUUCAACAUCAGUGCCUCACCUAAAAAAUGUUCUACUGGAUGAAUGUGCAAAAUGUCCCACUGAAACACUCCAAAAUCUUGUGGGAAACUUUCUCGGAAGAGUUGAACUUAUUAUAGCUGCAAAGAGUGGACCAACUGCAUAUUAAUAUUUAUGUAUUUAGAAUGCAAUGUCGUAAAUGUCCCAGGUGUAACAAUACUAUUCUCCAUAUAGUGUAGUUUUCAUUAGCUUGUAUUAGUUGCUACCUUUUUCUUGCAUGUUAAAGAAGGUUUACAUACUGUACACAAAAAGUGUUUAUUAGGAGAAUGCAAUUGAAAUUACGUCCUUAGCCUAAUUUAACAUUAUUCCCUUAAAAGAGAUUUACCUAAUCCUUGGUCCUUAACUUGACAGGGCUGGUAUGUGUUUGGUUUUUUUUCUAUCUUCGCUAGAAUAUUACUUGUAGUGCCUUUAGGUGUGAUGUGUUUGUGGUAUCUCUUAUAUUUCAACUUCUUCAGAUUGUUGGGGAAGAAGAGGAUGUGAGUGUAUAUGAUAUUGCUGACCACCCAGACUUCCGCUUUCGAUCAACAGACAUUGUGAUAUUUAUUGGAUACUCUGAGCUAGCUGCCUUUCAAGAUGUCAGCAAGGUGAGACCUUUCUUUCUUUUUUUAUUUUUUUUGUGUAUGUAUAGGUGUUGUGAUGAUGAUCUCAGUAUUAUUUGAUAUUAAGCUCAUCUUUUGGGGAUGGAUCUUUUGAAGACUGAAGACAUGGUGGAAUUUGAUAGACCCUUUAUGGACAGAUGUAGACUAUCCAACCAUACUCUAGGUGGCUAAAAUAUUUCCAUGAAACUACAAAAUAAUCAUUUUCUUUGCUUAAUCAACACUUGCAUCGCCAGAGAGAUGCAAGUGUGGAUUACGCAAAGAAAACUGCUUAUUUUGUAAAGUAGUGACAGCAGACAUUUGUUAGAUCUUCAGUUGUAGAAUUUAAAUCACAUGCUGCUCAACCAUCCUUAGACAACUCCUUUUCUAUUAAUAUGGAUCAUCUGCUGAUUACCCCAGCAUCAAUUCACUCAACCCUUAUGUCUUGCAGCCCUCUAUUGGACAGGUUGCUAAAGUGGACGUCAGCAGCAAAGUAGAAGUAAUCUGGCCAGAUAAUACACGGUCAAUUGUUCUUCCACAGGUAACGAUAUACGUCUUGUCCUGUGAAUCCAGUUCACCCACUAAACUAGGUCAUGUGGUUUACAAUUUUAUGUUGUCAACUUUUUCUGGAGAGAUUAUAAUCCACCACGAGACCCAAGUUCUUCACGAUCCCACAAUAUAUCUCUCUCUCUCUCUCUCUCUCUCUCUCUCUCUCUCUCUCUCUCUCUCUCUCUCUCUCUCUCUCUCUCUCUCUCUCUCUUUCUCUCUCUCUCUCUCUCUCUCUCUCUCGACCGGGGAGGGAUUAAUACUGGUUAGUGAGGUUGGAUGACAGAAACACUGCAGUAAAACUACACAGAAUUGAUCACCGGUAUUUGGAGCUUAUUAGCUUUAAUUUAAGCUUAACUUGUUUAGCUGCCUGUAGUGUAUCUUUAAUAGCAGUCUUUACUGAUGGGGAAACAAAACAGGGCAGGAAAGGGUUAGGAAGUUAGAGCAAAAAUCUGUGUAUAGCUUUGUAUAGAAGAGAAAAAAAAACUUUGUACAAGAUAUAAAAGUUAAUUAUGUUAAUAAUGUGAAUAACUUUUUAUUUUAUUUUUAAUGAGCACUCUAAACCUUAAAAUCACUACAGCCUGCUGUAUUGGUUAUGGUGCCAAGAGUCUGCUAGUACCCACUGUAAGUAAACAGUUUGCAGAUGUAUUGACAGUUUACCUGUGUUCUGCGAUGUACGUCUGGAAGCUUCCUGCAUUGAGCUAAGCUCAGUAGUGGAUGGCUUGGCACAAUGGUGCUAAUGGAAGGUUGAUUGUGCCUGGCAGACCCCAGGUAAGUUGUCAGACUGCUUGUAAAUCUCUUCACUAUUCUCCCUGAAAGGGCACCAGGGCACCCCUGGCACCAUAACCACUACAGCGAACUAUAGAUGUGGUUCUUAGAUUGUUCCUUUUAAGUUUCCAUGCUUAUCUAUAUGUAUGAUCUCCCUCCCCUAUAAGUCUGUCAGCUUGUCUUGGUGGUAUGCAGACUGUAUGUUGUUGCAUUUAAUAUACAGUAAAUAAUAGCCGAUGGCUGACUAGCAGAUUUAUUCCAUAUCUAUGGGCUUUUGAACAGUCUGUGCCCCACUCUCUCAUUUGUCAGUGGUAAUGGCCACCAAUAUAUAAAUAUGCAUUUAAAGACCUUGCCGUAAGUGAAGCAUGCUUCUCUAUACCUAUUUGCUCUACAUUUCUAUCACUUUCUUUUGCCUUUUGGCAGGGCCGCCACCAGAAAUUUUGGGGGCCCUAACUGAGCUAGGGUCUGGGCCACUGGCGGCCCGCCUCCAAAAUCGCCCACAGGGACCGCCUCCAAAUCCCGCCCACAGGAAUACACACAUAGACACAAACACAUUCACUGAUACAAAAGGACACAGAUACACACAUACUGAUACGCAUAUAGGCAUACAUAACGACACACACAUACUGAGACAUACAGGCAUACAUAGUGACAGACAGACACAUACUAACAUACAUACAGACACAUUCAUAAUGGCAGACAGACAGACAUUCAUACUGGCAUACAGACACUGACAUCUAUACACACAUACAUAUACAUACAUUCAUUCAUAAUGACAGACAGACAUACAUUCAUACUGGCAUACAUACAUACAUUCAUACAUACAGACAGACAUGCAUACAGACACUGGCAUCCAUACAUACACACAUUCAUAAUGACAUGCAGCCCACUUGCUGUGGCUGCGUAUUUUUUAAAAAGGGCCCGGUCGUGCUUUUACAUGGCCACAGCGCUGACCGGGCCCCUGAAGAUAUAGGGCCCAUCGAGUGGCCCUAAGUGCGUGACAACCGUUAUAGUUUUCCCCCCUGAUGGCUCUGCCUUUUGGCAUAAUCCAGGGCCAGACUGAGAAAAGAAUUUGGCCCCGGCAUUUUUCAAUCACAGUGGCCCCCUGAGAAGGGGACGGUGCCAGAGAGAGUGUGUUUUGUCAUGACUAGUGACAAGCAUGCCCCCUCUCAAAGUGAGCAUGUUGGUUCAAUGUCACAGUGUAUUGUGAGAAAAAGGCACUGCAUUUGUUCUGUGCAGCGCAAGCAAAUUUAAUAACAUGCUUACGGUGUGUUUGCUUUUAACUUGUCUCUGGUGUCUCUAUAAGUGGGAUACCAGAGGACAAAAGGGCCAGGAAAGCGUAUGGUGCAUGUGUUGGGAGCCUGCUUGUGGAAUUGCGUGCAUGUAGAGUGAGUUGAUUGUGGUGUGGUAUUGUGCAAAUAGGUCAAUUUCAUUCGUGUUUGUGAUGUAAUAUGUGUGGCUAGGGGCUGUAGAGAGUGUGUGUAUAGGGGGCAUAGUGUGUAUAGAGGAUGUAGUGAGUGUGUGCAUACGGGCUAUAGUGUGUGUGUGUGUGUGUAUAUAGGUGACAAAGUGUGUGUAGGGGUUGUAGUGUGUUUAGAGAAUGUUGUAUGUGUUUGCUUACAAGGAAUGUAGUGUGUGCAUAGAGGAUCCAGAGUUUGUAUGUCAAGAAUGUAGUAUGUGUAGGUGGUGCAGUGUGUGUGUGUGUGUGUGUGUGUGUGUGUGUGUGUGUAGGAGAUCUAGUGUGUAAAGGACCCAGAGUGUGUGUGUGUGUGUGUGUGUGGAGGAUUCAGAGUGUAUAUUUUAUGUUUGGAUGAGGGGCACGUAUUAUGUGGUGUGUGUGAAGGUGUUCUUAUCUGCCGUCACAUUCAAUUAUUCUAAAUGUCUUUGUCUGUUAACUCACUUAGGGUUAAUUUAUACAAUAAAUAUGUAUUGUGUGUGUGUGUGUGUGUGUGUGUGUGUGUUGUGUGAGUGAGGGUGGUGUGUGUGAGUGAGGGUGCAAUUAUUCUAACUCUCUUUGUCUGUUAACUCACUUAGGGUUAAUUUAUAUAAUGUGAGAGGGUUUGGUGUGAGGGUGGUGUGUGUGUGGGGGUGGGGGGGGGUGCUGUGUGUGUGUGUGUGUGUGUGUGUGUGUGCUAGGAGGGUCUGAGUGUACUGUGAGUGAAUGUCUAUUUAAAAACCGGUAUGUCUUUUUAAUUUUUAUUAAAAAAAUAAAUAAAAAUAAAGUUAUAUCCUCCCCCCCUCCCUUCUUACCUUUAGCCUGGGUGGGGGGGGGGGCUGUGCUGCCAUGGUGGUGAGAGUGAACUCUAGCAUGCAGGGCUAGAGUUCACUCUCGCGAGAUCUGAGCAUUGCCGUGGUAACCGUGGCAAUGCUCAGAAUCCCGCGAGAGGAACCCGGCGGCAGCUUGUAACUGCCUGUGGGCCGGUGAGGGAGAUCUUUGUUCUCCCCACCGGCCCAUGGAGGCACACAGCGGGGCCGGCGCUCGGAUAGCGCCGACAGGGGAGAUCCUGUGAUCUCCCCUGCAGGCCAUAGCAGCCCACCAAAUGCCCGGUAUGCCCGAUGGCCAGUCCGGGCCUGGCAUAAUCCCAUCUUCCCUUGUUUGUCUUCCAACCUUCUUACUUGCUUGUCUACAUUCCAAUACCCUGCUUAGCUCAAUUGUAGAUUGGCCUAACAAGGCUACUGCCGAAGUUCUACUGCAUGGUCCGCUGGCAAGCCUUUAGAUUUGUUCUGUCUAGUUUUCUGGAGAUUGGCUACAGUGAUAAUAAAUGUUCAUACAUUUUUGCAGAUUCCAGUCUGAAAAAGCAAUCUUGAUCCACUUAAGUGCUCAUAAUGUUUUUGGUUCUGCUUCCAGCACCUGUACAAUGUGGAGUCUGAAUUAGAGGAAUCUUACUAUGAUUCUGUAGACAGCAGCUCUAGUGGUGCCUCUUCUGAUGAGUGGGAGGAUGAUAGUGAUAGCUGGGAGACGGACAAUGGAUUGACAGAGGAUGAAUAUAGUCGAACACUAGCAGAUGAGGCAACUGAAACCCCAAGCCAGUGCCUAGCUGCAGAGGCAGCACCAGACACUAAAGAAGAAGAACCAGAGCAGAGCUCUGCAUCAGCUGUAGCCACUGCCCUCCGUAUACGUGAGCUGACUGUGAAAAUGAACGAGAAAGAAGGCAUUAUCAAAAGCUUUAAGGAGCUGAAGGAGGCUAUGAAAAUCUUGGAGAGUCUAAAGAAUAUGACAGUGGAGCAGCUUUUGUCUGGAUCCCCAACGUCUCCCACUGCUGAACCAGAAAAGUUCACCCGAGAGAAGAAGUUCCUGGAUGACAUCAAGAAACUGCAGGAGAAUCUCAAGAAGACACUGGACAAUGUUGCCAUUGUAGAAGAAGAGAAGAUGGAGUUGGCAGCUGAGGGAGAUAAAGAAGAUAAAGCCGAGGCACAGACACCUGUUCGGUCGGAGUGGCCAAGCGAUACACCUGUACUGUGCCAGCAGAGUGGUGGGAAGCCAGGAGUAAUUUUCACCAGUGCCAAGGGAGAGGUGUUUUCUGUGUUAGACUCUGCACCAGGUGAGCAUGUCGUUGGGGGAAAAAAUUAAAUGGUUGAAGUAGCACAUAGGAUAAAUAACCACAGGCACGGUCACGUCAGAUUUUAGCACAACUAAAUAGCCUAGUAAAAUGAUAUAGAUCGCAAGAACCAUGUUAUAAAACAAAUAUAUACUUGGUGCUAUGUUCAACGAGGGUGUGAAACACCCAUUUAAAAAAAAACAACACAUUUUGUGUGUACGUAGAAGUAAACUGUCAAUAAAAAGAAAAAGAAAAAAACUUGUGCCUUAUCCUGCAAGAACAGCGCCUUGUCAGUGGUUAUCAGUUACACCAUUCCUCCUAGUAUAAGCUGUAUGUAUGUCCUAUGAGGCUGUUACCAGUGUACUGUUUAAAUAGAAUGAAUGAUUGAUUCCAUCUUUCAUGCAAACCAACACUAGCUUGCCUUAUGUCUGCCUGGUAUACUGUACUAUGGAAUAAACAAAUUGAAUGUCACAUACAUGCAAUCUGCUAUUGUAUUUAUAAUAUAUAGGUAUAAUUGGAUUAGAUCUCAUGAUUCUCUCCAAACCAUCACCAGUACAAGUUGGCAGCCUUCCGCUGACUUUUUCUAAUAUCCUGCUACAUGAAAAUGUUGUAAUUAGAAGUUUGUUAUAAAAUAAUUAACUGUAGGGGGAAGUAUACAUUUUUAGGAUUUCUAAUAUUAUAUUUACGGAUUCAUAUAUUUAACUCUUAUGUUUCCCAACUGACACUUUGUCCUUUGCAUUUAGUUUAAGGUUCCUCACCCCAAAUCUCAAUAAUAUUUGGAAAAAGGGGGUUGUACUUUACUAUUUUACUUAAAAUUCAGCAUAGAAACAUAGAAUGUGACGACCGAUAAGAACCAUUCGGUCCAUCUAGUCUGCCCAGUUUUCUAAAUACUUUCAUUAGUCCCUGGCCUUAUCUUAUAGUUAGGAUAGCCUUAUGCAUAUCCCAUGCAUGCUUAAACUCCUUUACUGUGUUAACCUCUACCACUUCAACUGGAAGGCUAUUCCAUGCAUCCACUACCCUCUCCGUAAAGUAAUACUUCCUGAUAUUAUUUUUAAACCUUUGUCACACAAUUUAAGACUGUCCUCUUGUUGUGGUAGUUUUUAUUCUUUUAAAUAUAGUCUCCUCCUUUACUGUGUUGAUUCCCUUUAUAUAUUUAAAUGUUUCUAUCAUAUUCCCCCUGUCUCGUCUUUCCUCCAAGCUAUACAUAUUAAGUUCCUUUAACCAUUCGUUGUAAGUUUUAUCCUGUAAUCCAUAAACCAGUUUAGUAGCCCUUCUCUGAACGCUCUCUAAGGUAUCAAUAUCCUUCUGAAGAUACGGUCUCCAGUACUGUGUACAAUACUCCGAGAGGUCUCACCAGUGUUCUGUACAAUGGCAUUAGCACUUCCGUCUUUCUACUGCUAAUACCUCUCCCCAUACAACCAAGCAUUCUACUAGCAUUUCCUGCUGCUCUAUUACACUGUCUGCCUAGCUUUAAGUCAUCAGAAAUAAUCACCCCUAAAUCCCUUUCCUCAGAUGUUGAGGUUAGGACUCUAGCAAAUAUUCUAUACUCUGCCCUUGGGGUCCAGAUCUUGCAGGCAAUCGAUAGGCAUCCUAUAACAUCACACCAACUCUUCUCUUUUCAUUUCCAAUGCUUCUCAUAGAGGAGCAUUGAGUUUGAAAAGCACCUAGUGCUGUGCUCCUCCAGCGAAAUGGAGGCUAGCUAUGAGAGCCGAGUUUGGUUCUAUUCUCACAGUACAACCACCACUAGUGGCUGUCAGAAAGUCGUGUUAAACCCUGUAAUGUAAGCAUUGCCAUAUCUACUAAAUGGUAAUAUUAUACAUUGAAGGGUUAACACUAAAUGACUACUCCACCAUAUUGAGAUGAAGUAAUCGGAGUGCUUUUUGUGGUCCUUUCAUGUAGAAAUCCACACCUUUUUGCCAUGCAACUGGGCCACCUCCAUUGUAGCACCCUGUCUGUUAUCUUUCUAGAUUUUGGUUUACUAUUGUGCACACAUUUUUUACUGUGUGUGCACACAUAUAUCCUCUGAGUUUAAACCAAGGCUCUUAAAUUCCAAUCUGAAUAAUUUAUGCACCUGGUAGACAUUCUAGAAAAGGCAUGCAGGGACAAGGAGAAAUUAAAGUUUCUAUCUUUUCCUAGUUGGCAAUUUUCGCCUUAUCUGAACUUUAUUGUGAUGUAAUUUGUUAGAUCCCAAAAUAAUGUUAGAAGAAAACCGUGCAGGAAGUUAUAGUUGUCUUCCAAUGUUUAUUUUGAUGGUGUAUUUUCCAGAGAGGUGACAGUUUCACUUGAAAUGUUUCUCCAAUACUCUAUCCUUCUAGAAAGUCAUGCAUUCAAAAAGGUGGAAUUCCAGCCAGCUGAAGCUAAGAAGUUCUUUAGCACUGUACGCAAAGAGAUGGCACUCCUUGCCACAUCCCUUCCUGAUGGAAUCAUGGUGAAAACAUUUGAAGAUAGGAUGGUAAAUACUAUUAGGACCCCCUGAAAUUGUUUCUGAUUUCCAGGAUGAUAUAUAGAGUUUUAGAAAGACUCUGGAUGUAUAUCUUUAUUUAGUCAGCACGUAGAGCAAGUAGGGCACCCAGCAAAUCAAAGCAUGGUAAUGUUCGUUGGAUUAAAGUGAGCACACAAUGUUUCAACUUCACCGUAAGGUCUUUGUCAACACUUGACAACGAUCUCCUAGUGAGGUCGAAACAUUGUGUGCUCACUUUGAUCCAGUAAACACCACCAUCCUUUGAACUACUGGAUGCCCAAACAUAUUUGAAUGUAUGAUAAUGUGAGGAUUCUGUGCCUUGGACCAAAUAAAGUUGAUUUUUUUUUUUUUUUUUAAAUUAGAAAUCAUAUUAAUUACACUUUGCCUAGCAGUAGGACAUAGCAGAGUCUGAAAAUAGUCUCUACAAUUGUCACAAGCUGUGCAUUACAACUUUAACAAUGUCACAUAAGUUCUAGUAACAUAGUUUGCGAAAACCCUAUUUCAGGUAAUAAGAUAUUCCGUAAAUAACUUUAGAUCUUGAUUUGUCACCUAAAUUACCAACUACAGUGGGUGUUCUGUAUCAAAAAUAUAUUAAAUCUGUCUUUUUUUUUUUUUUUUUUUUUACUGCAUAUGCUCCCCCAUUUCGUGGGUGUUUUUACCAAUGGCUGUUAAACAUUGAUAUAAGAAUGGAAAAAAAUAGGAAUGGAAGUUUGUAUCAUAAUAACAUUCCAAAUAUUUUUUGGAGCUUGUGUAAUUGUACAGACUAUAAAUUGCUGUGCUCUUUUUACGACUUAAAAGAAAUAAUCAAAAAUGAAGACGCCUUCCUGCGUCUUUCAUUAGAUUAUGUAAUUUCAAAUUCCUCUGCUAAACGGUCACCUUUUUACAGCGAAUAUUAAAGGUGCAGCACUGCAUUCAGAGUCUCUGCAUGGAGAACUUUCCUCAUCUAGAUGCAUUGAUUCAAUGCAACUCUAUAAGGAGAUGCUGAUUGGCCAGGGAUGUGUUUGACUUGUACUGGCUCUGUCCCUGAUCUGCCUCCUUCACAGUCUCAGCCAUUCCAAUGUGAAAGCAUUGUGAUUGGCUCAGAUCUCCACUUCCGAUGAUGUCAGCAAAGCAGGCAGGUAAGGGGCAGAGCCAGCAGAAGCAGACUGGAAUAAAUGUAUGAUUUUGCUAAAUUUAGUGAGGCCAGGGGGCUAGAUGGUGGUUUUACCACAAGGGUCAGGAAUACACGUUUGUGUUCCUGACCCUAUAGUGUUCCUUUUAAUAUGAUUAAUGAUAUGUUUGUGAAUGAAUUAUUGAUAAAUGGGCCUAGCAACUCAGGGAAAAAAUUUACUAUUUGAAGCUUAAAGGGUACCAAAAAAAUCAUUAAAGUGAUAUCAGGGCAUAGAUACUGCCUCUGCAUCCUUCCUGAAAAAUGGAACGGUUUACAUUUAGCAGUUUCCAAUUGAAUGUAUUUUAUUUCAAGCAUUCUGCGUCUGCAUGUGUAAAGUAUGCUGUGUGCAUUCAGUGUUACACUAUGAGAUCACACCCUGUAGAAGCAAAUACAGAAAAUAGUCCAAUUUGUAUGUAUAUUUUUCCCCUCCAUAUAGGACCUCUUCUCUGCAUUAAUCAAAGGCCCCAAUCGGACACCUUAUGAAGAUGGCCUUUUCCUCUUUGACAUUCAGUUACCCAAUAUCUACCCUGCGGUGCCACCACUUUUCCGUUAUCUUUCCCAGUGCAGUGGGAGGCUGAACCCAAAUCUGUAUGACAAUGGGAAGGUGUGUGUCAGCUUGCUAGGAACCUGGAUUGGAAAGGUAAGCUGCAUCUUAUUGGUACUCAGAGCCACUUAUCCAUGUAUCCUACCAUGUGGUGGUCUGUACACAGUCUACUUUUAUAUGAACACUAUAUGAGUGGGGAGCAAGCUUUGUAUUUAUUUGUUUUAAAGUGUUAUACCCAGGCUCCGGGUACCUAGAGGAGUCUACAAUUAUGAAUGUAUUUUUACGUAGAUAAGCACUUGAUUCUAGAGUUUAGACAAAACAUACUGCCCUGUGUUUUUGAUUGUAGAAGAAUUUUGGAAGAAAAUAAAUAGAAUUCAUACAUUUUGGUGGAAAGUACCGGUCACUUUCAACAAGGGCUUUCCAAGGAGCUCGCUCAGGUUGUUGGUACUGUUCAAUGCCUCACAACCUCCUCUGUUAACCCCUUAAAAUAGCACUCUGUUUGGUGGUCAUGGGACCGUGAACAGCCUCAGAGAAAUUUUACCGGAUCGCGGAAAUUCUGCAAUCCAAUUUUAGAGUUCCAGGUUGCGCUCGGUCUCCUACAGGGUAUUGACGUUUCCAUGACCGCUGAAUAAGAUGCUUCAUCCACCACCUCCACCUAAAAGAGCUAAGUGACUGGGUGAUCUGUCAUAACUUGCUUUUUAUGCCAGUGCAGAGGCAUUCUCUAUGCAGGAGUCAUUCUCUAUGCAGGAGUCAUUCUGUGAGAUAAUCAAGAUUGAUGAUUUCUGUGCAAGCUUGAGCCUGUUUUUGGCAUUAUUGCACUGUGUACGAUAGUCCUGAAUUUGAACGGGCAGAUGUGCCUCAAAGUUUCAAAACAAAUGUAAAAAUUUUUGUUUCUUUGAAACACAUUUUACAUUGCCCAAGUAAAGAGACUGCAUAUAUUUUGCUUCUUUAAGAUGUAGUUUGUAUGUAUCCCUUUAAAUUGAAUUGUAUUUUAGUUUUUCCUAUUGAAACCAUAUGUGAAUAGUAUAUAGAUUUAACAAAUAAUGGUAAAGUAGAAGAAUUCUUUUUUUUUUGUACUAUAAUAUAUAGUGUGUGUAUUUAAAUAUUUUCUUUGUAGGUGUGUGUGUAUAUAUAUAUAUAUAUAUAUAUAUAUAUAUAUAUAUAUAUAUAUAUUACGUUUUUGUUGUUAUAGUUGUUUAGAUUUUGCUUUUGUAAUAUAUAAUUUCUGUAUGUGUUUUUGUCCUAUUCACAUGAUGUACAGACGAUAACCAUUUAAUCUUUGUUACCCCAGUGUUUUUAAUUACUUUAACAUAACAUUGUCUAUCUGUGCAGGGUACAGAGAGAUGGACCAGCAAGUCCAGUCUGCUGCAAGUGCUCAUCUCUAUACAAGGUGGGUGGGUGUCUGCGUUUUUUGUUGUUGUUUUUUUUGGGGGGCUUUUACAAUUGGAAAAAUAUUGUAAUAUUACAUCAAAAUUACCACCUUUACCCUUACCGCCAUUAGGACCUUCCACAAUUAGGACAGCAUGGAACUUCCUAUAGAUUUGUUCUGAGCAGGGUUAAAUACCUGCUCACACCAUGGAGUCCCAGAUACCAAUCUAUGCAUGGGACUCCCGUCUGUCAGCUACGUCCGUCUUUAGGGGCACCAGAAUAAAAGUUAAGCUGUAUGUAGAGCUCAAUAGAUAUAUAGUACACUAUAUUGACAAAGGUAUUUGGACACCUGACUACUACACCAACAGCGAAUGUCAUGACAUUUCAUUCUAAAUACAUAGACAUUAAUAUAUAGUUGAUCCUGUCUUUGCAACUAUAACCCCUUCCACUCUUCUGGGAAGGCUUUCUACAAGAUUUUGUAGUGUUUCUGUGGGAAGUUUUGCCCAUUCAUCUAGUAGACCAUUUUUGAGGUCAGACACUGAUGCUGGACGAGAAGGCCUGAUUAGCAAUCUCCGUUACAGUUCAUCCCAAAGGUGUUCAAUGGGGUUGAGAUCAGGGCUCUGUGUAGGCCAGUCAAGUUCUUCCACGCUAAACUCAUCAAGCCAUGUCUUUAUGGACCUUGCAUUGCUGGGUCACAGUCAUGCUGGAAUAGAAAAGUGCCUUCCCCAAACUUACCAUGAAUUUGGGAGCCUAGAAUUGUUGAAAAUGUCUUUGUAUAUUAAAGUAUUAAGAUUUCCUUUUCCCAGAAGUGUACGGCCUAGCCAAACCCCUGAAAAACAGCACCAUGCCAUUAUCCGUCCUCCACCAAGCUUUACAGUUGGCACAUUGCAGUCAAGCAAUAUUCGCCUGGCAUCCACCAAACCCAGACUCGCCCAUCAGACUGCCAAACAGAGAAGCAUGAUUCAUCAUUCCACAGAACUCAUUUCUACUUUUCCAGAGUCCAGUGGAGCUGUGCUUUACACUACUCGAUCUGACGCUUAGCAUUGUACUUGAUGUAAGUCUUGCGUUCAGCUGUUUGGCCGUGGAAACCCAUUCCAUGAAGCUUCUUCUGCACAGUUUUUGUGUUAUUCAUGCCAGUGGACGUUUCGAACUCUUCAGCUACAGAAUCAGAAGAGCGCUGGCGACUUUUACGCACCAUGCACCUCAGUACUUUAUUUGGUCUUCCUCUUCGUGUUGCUGGUGUUCUUCAACACUUUCACUUACCAAUAAUACCCCUUACAGUUGACUGUAAGAAAUAUCUAGCAGGGUUGAAAUUUCCCAAACUGACUUAUUGCAAAGGUGGCAAUAAGGAAUUCACUGAGCUCUUUAGAACGACCCAUAUUUUCAGAAAUGUUUGUAAAUGCAGACUGCAUGGCUAGUUGCUUGAUUUUAUACACCUGUGCCAAUACUUUUGUCCAUAGUGUGUGUAUGUAAUAUGUAUAUAUCAUAUAGUGUGUGUAUGUAUCUACAGAUACAGAUGUAUGUAUCUAUAGAUAGAGAUAAGUCAGGGGUGUGUGUGUAAUAUAUAUUUUAUAUAAUGUGUGUAUGUAUCUACCUAUAUAGAUAGAGAUAAGUUAGAUGUGUGUGUGCAUAGUGAUAGAGAGUAAAAAUAUACGCAUAACCCCCCCACCCCCCAUUUCUCUUCUUACAGGUCUCAUUUUAGUGAACGAGCCAUACUACAACGAGGCUGGUUUCGACAGUGACCGCGGCUUACAAGAAGGGUAUGAGAACAGUCGCUGCUAUAAUGAAAUGUCGCUCAUCAGAGUUGUCCAGUCUAUGACACAGUUGUUACGCAGACCUAUUGAAGUUUUCCAACAGGAGAUUAAGGAGCACUUUCAGAUUAGCGGCUGGCGUCUAGCUCGCAGGAUAGAUAACUGGCUAGAAACCAAUGCCGUGGUGGAGAGAAGAAAGGCGCUGCCUAAUGGCCAGGAGCACCCAUGUAUCGUUCCUUACAGCCCCACUGAUCAAGAAUGCACUCCAGAACCUCCACUGGGUUCAAAGGAUUUGGAUGAUUCAGGUUGUGGAGCCUCUACCCUUUCUCCUGGGGAUACCCAGCAAUACUCAGACUUGGAGAACAUGGGCAAAGGAGUUUUGCUUUGCAGUAGUCCUGCUGAGGAGGCAAAGGGUGCAACUGGGGGAGCACAGCCCAGUGUGAAACCAAAGAAACGCAGAAAGAGCUAUCGUAGUUUCCUGCCUGAUAAGAGAGGCUACCCUGACAUCGGCUUUCCCCUGUUUCCCCUGUCAAAGGGCUUCAUCAAAAGCAUCCAAGGUGUCCUAAGUCAGUACAAGGCUUCACUUCUGGAAGCUGGUAUCACGGAGUCCCGUGUUGACAGACUAGUACUACCAUUGUAAAAACUAGAGAGAGGCAGGGAGAUGCACAUACUGCCUCCUUCCCCAACUUACCACUAAUAUUCACAAACCCUUUGUGACCCUGUCCUUUCCACUGCCAGGUGGUCCCAUAGGUCUCUGCAAUAUCUUAAUGUUAUGAAACACAGAACAACUCGUAAACACGAAGACCAAACAAGAUUGUAAUUGAAUUCAAACAUCUGUGUUUUUCGCUUUCAUUGUAUAUUGCGGUGUUAGUUUUGUUGCUCCUGACAUCAUAUGCUGGAGACAAAUUUGCUGCUAUGGGGUGAAGUGUUCACUGACCGUCUAACAAAAAAAAGCAAUCCUUUUCUCUCCUUGAAAAGCUAUUUAUUUUCACUGUUGCAAAAGAUACUUGGUAUAAAAAAAUAUAUCCACCAAGUCUGUAAACAACCCAAUAUGGGUACCUAAAAAAUGUAGGGGAAAAAAACUGUAGAUGAGAAAUGGUGGUAUGGCGACUUCGAGUUAGCUAUUACAUUUCUGGGCCGGACCCAAAUUAUUAAAUAAAAAGAAAUGACAUUAUUAUUCUAAUAUACUAACAAUCAACGUUUCUCAAUGGAAUAUAUACUACCCAUAUGCAUGUUUUGGCCAAAGGCUACCCUAGACUGUAAGUACGUUCAUGCACCCAUAUCUGGUGCUGAGAAAUAUUUGGUGAAAUUAAUGGGACAGUCAGACGUACCGAUCUCUUUAGAAUGAGCGAGAUUGAGACCAACCCUAAGGAGUUCUACAUCAAAUGUGUAAUACAUUUGGAGUUGUCUAGUUGUAUUUUAGAAGCUAUAGUUCCUUGACUAAUGGGGUUUGUCAUGCUUCAACCUACAUUAAAGGGUAUGGUACUUUCACACGUUAUCUUUGACCACUAUUUCAUUAAAUUGAGCGUGGAAAUUACCAUUGCACAGUGCUUGGAGUAUAGUGCUUCAUAAAACUAUAUCAUUAACCUCAUUUUAAAAGCUAAUUUAUCACUAAAGACAUAUCUUUUGUGCAGCAAACCAUUUAAUUUUGUGUUUUGCUAAAUAAUGGAAAGAAAAACGCUUGAUAGAUGCCGCCACACAUUUUUUUACAUUAUGAAAAUAGUGAAAUAUUGCACAGAUAUAAAAAGGACCAUCUUAUUAUAUACUUAAGAUUGACUACUCGGUGAAAAAUGGACCAUUAUGUUUCACAUUUUAAGCCAAAUUUCUGGAUUGGAAAAUUAUCUAUCCCGCCUAUUUAAUAAUAUUUAAUCAUUUUGGGAUAAAAUGUUAUUCACUGGUCAGUUCCUAGUUUAUCAAAUAAUCCUAAUACUGAUACAAAAAUAAGUGAACAAUUGCACUUUUAAAUCCCUUUUUUUUUUCUUUUUUUUCUAAAAAUAUCUCCAUGUAAAAUUAUAAUUAGCAACACCUUAUAAAGUGCAAUAGCCCAAAUAUACACGCUGAAAACCCAUAUAUCUAAAAAAAAAAAAAAAAAGUGCACACCUUUUUUUGAUGUAAAAAAUAACCCUGAUAGUCUGUCUAAAAUAAUAAAAGGGAACUUGUAUUUCUACUUUGACGGGAACAGUAAAGUAAAAAUAAAUACGGAAAUAUGUAGGCUUUGUUAAUCUUACAUUUGAUUAGUGCAAUUAUAUUAAAUAAGGAUUUUUUUUUGCGUAUAUAAAUAACCAGAAGAUGCUUUUCCAUAAAUUCAGUAAAGUGAGGCCUUCAGUAGCUACUAGUUAAAAGCUUAUGGUAUCAUUGUCCAGUGUUGUACCCAGUCGUGGUUGUGCCCUCUCUGUGCUUGAAGUAUUUACCAUUUUAAACAGGUCUCACGUCUUUAUAUUUUAUCAAUGGAAUCUUCAGAACUGAACAUUUUGUGAAUAAUGCUGAUCAUUGCUGCAUAAAGCAAACUAUGUGUAGUUUAUUUGUGAAGAUAAGUAGCACACUGCCACGCAAACGCCAAACAUGGCCAAAAUAUACCCCAGUACCUUUUCCCGCACUCAGCCACACACUGCCUUACAUCUAGGCAUGUUUACAAACCCCCUUGCCCCACAUUCCUAAUAAUGUGAAACUUAUUCCUGGGGACAAUUAUUGCCAUCUCCCUGCCCCUCUUUAAUGCGGUAAUAUCCUCUGUGUAUGUAAUAUUUAAGGAUUUAAAUAAUGCAAAAUAAAUAAUAUUUAAAAAGGUGCAAAAAGGAGCGCAUGAGUGUUGACGGCCAGUAGAUAUAGGCUGCGUGAUCUUAUUUAAACCAUGUACAAACUAAGCUGCAAAAUGUUUUUUUGUUUUAACUCCUUUUAACCCCUUCUCUUCUGCAGUAUACUACUUAACAAGCCUAACAGUUAUGCAAAAGGUAUGGGAUACCUUUUUUUACCUUAUGGCGUUGUCUUUGCUUACUCACGUGCCGAAUGCAUGAAAAUUAGCAGCAUGCCCAUGACAAUGUUUUGGGUAGCUGUGCCAAGAUUGCACCAAGCAGCCUGGAUCACCUAGCCAUGUUGGAAUCUAUUCACAAUGAAUGUCUUUUAGAUUCUGUAAGAACAUGGGGGUAAAAAAAAAAAGGCUAGCCUACGGGUCUUACUUUGAAGGCUUAUCAUGCUGCUCUGGAGUUCAUUAAUAAGCUGAUAGACUGUAAAGCUAGUGUUGGGGCAGAAGGGGUUAAAAAUAAAUGAAUGACUUAAUUCCUUGCAUCUGGCAAAUGUACAGUAUUUAAAUGCUGGCAACGGAUCUGUUUUGAACCAAAAUGCUGUAAACUGCUGAAUGCCAGAGCUUUCUGAUGUGUGCGUGUGUGUAUAGUGCUGUGAUAUUUAAUUUUUUACAGGGUUUUUUUUCUUAUGCUAAUUUAAUGUUUGGAAAAAAACUGCAGGAUUGUUUAAUUAAAGAUGCCUCUACUGACUGACUGAGAAUUUCGUGAUUCACUUAAAC